UCACAAUUAUACCAUAAUAUUAUCCAAGAAGACCUGUUGUAAACAUUACAAUGAUUACAUCUGGCAGCGAAGACGCUCAAUGAACAUGCGCGGCACGUCAUGCGCAGUGCAAACAUUCUGAAAACAGAAAUAGGAAAAACCGGCCGGCGUUCUGAAUACUCGCAUCGCAAAUUCCAAAAAAAAAUAUGUCCUUGCUGCCAUUUUUGCUGCAAUUGGAGCGUCCUUCGCGUCUCCAAGACCAACAUUUCGCUUUGGCGUUAACUCCUGAAGAUGUUCUAACAAUAGGCGUUCCACAAACCAGGGAAUACCAUCGUCCGUGGAAACAGCUAUCCAACAUGCUGAGAGACGUCGGAUCCACUAUAAAAAGCGAUAAACGGAAAUUCGAAAUCAAUUUGGACGUCCAGCAUUUUUCGCCUGAUGAAAUCUCAGUGAAGACAGCUGAUGGGUUCAUCAUAGUCGAGGGUCGGCAUGAGGAGAAGCGCGAUGAACAUGGAUGGGUGUCCCGUCAUUUCACACGUCGCUACGCUUUACCUGACGGAUGCAAUUUGGAUGCUGUCGAAUCCCGUUUGUCAUCUGAUGGAGUCUUAUCAGUCACUGCACCUUUGGAGUGUCCGAAAGAAUCCAAUGAACGUAUUGUUCCAAUCGUACAUACAGGACCUGUCAAGACUCAACCGGAACAUUCUGGUCUUGGGAACGGAGAGCCCGAGAAGAAUCUUGAGAAUGGUCAGUAGGUCAGUUUCUGGCAAUUUUCAAAAGUAGGCAUAAUUUGUCAUUUCGAAAUUAGUCCCUAGUGUUUUUUCAUUUUAAUAUAAUCGUUUUUAAUGUAUUUGCUGCGUUGUAUUUUACAUUUUAUGUUUAUUCUAUGAAUUCGUUCAAAAAUUUGUUAAUACCAACACAAUGUAUCGAUAAAUCGUCCACUGGACUUUAAUUCCUCUUAUUAACUGUAAUUAUUUUUAAAUAGAUAGCACAUAAUUAAUUUUUAAAUUUAUUCCUACUAUGUUCAUUUAGAUACAUUGAUUAGCUGAACGUGGCCUGUUAGUCUUUUCAAGACUGUUGGCUCUGUCUACCCCGCAAGGGAUAAAGAUGUGAUUAUAUGUAAGUACAUUGAUUCGGCAGAAUUGUUUUUAUUUUUUUGAUCAUGCAGGCUGUAAUUUAGAUAUAAUUUCUGGUAUGUAAUAAAUUUCUU